AUACGAUGCUGCAACAUGAAUACACGCCAGGUUAUCGAUGACUCGGCAGGGCCGGUCUCCCUGUCGGCAGCUUUCAACAGCGACAGUAGCUGCUUCUCGGUCGGACUAGAUACAGGUUUCUGUGUCUUCAACUCCGAUCCAUGUGAACUCAAAGUAUCUCGAGAUUUCAAUGCAGGUAUCGGCGUCGCAGAAAUGCUAGGGCAGUCCAACUACCUUGCCAUCGUUGGCGGAGGCAAACAACCGAAACUACCGCAGAACAAAAUGGUUAUUUGGGAUGACGUAAAACAAAAAUCCGUGAUCACGCUCGAAUUCCGCACCUCCGUCCUCCGAGUACGUUUAUCCAAAUCGCGCAUCGUAGUUGCCCUUCUUAACAGUGUCCAUGUCUUCGCCUUCUCCACACCACCAGAAAAGCUCUCAAUAUUUGAGACCACAGAUAACCCCUUAGGGUUGAUAUGUCUGGGCAAGAAGCUCUUAGCCUUCCCCGGCAGGUCUCCAGGACAAGUUCAACUGGUGGAGCUGGAGACGGGAAAUGUCAGUAUCAUUCCGGCGCACAGUACCAGUCUCAGAGCCAUCGUGCUUAGUCCAGAUGGGGAGGUGUUAGCUACAGCAAGUGAAGCGGGCACUUUGAUACGGGUAUUUUCUACCAGAAAUUGCGCAAAGAUCGCCGAAUUACGACGAGGCGUUGAUCAUGCCAUGAUCUUCUCCCUUGCCGUUUCCCCGUCAAACACGUAUUUAGCAGUCACGUCAGAUAAGUCAACGCUACAUAUCUUCGAUCUCCCUCAUCCUCGAACGCUAUCGCGACGCAGCCAAUCUCCGUCCUCAUACUCCGAGGACGGGGUGAACCAGAAAUGGGGUAUUCUGGGCAAGAUUCCUUUGCUUCCCAGGGUGUUCUCAGAUAUAUACUCGUUCGCAAGUGCCCAUUUCGAAAUUGGCGAUGACUUUCCCGGCAGUACACCUUAUAUUCCUCCUCUAGGCACAUCUGUCGGACGGCCAUCCAAAGGCGUUCUUGGCUGGACAGACGACCAAACCAUUUUGAUAAUUGGCGCUGGUAGAGAAGGUCGGUGGGAGAAAUUUGUCAUUCGUGAAGGUGAAGACGGCAAACGUUUCUGCGUCAGGGAAGGCUGGAAGCGCUACCUGGGAGGAGGAUGAAAUGAUCUCAGCCGGUAACAGAAUUUAACCCGAACUGUUGGCACACACCCAAGCAUUAUCGACCACCUGAACUCCCAGCUGUUCAACGAGUACAUAAUGCCAGCCCUUAUCGUUCACAUCAGGACAACCAAAUCUGGUCAUUGAAGGACCCACCGACGCCCAUGCAAUGCGAUUUAAGAAAUUUGCUUUUCCAGUCCACCACCGGAAUUGCUCUCGCGAUGUGUGAACCUUUGGAGUGUCGAAAUGUGCAUAACUUUGUCGAUCUUAUAAUUGUAGAUAUGUAACAAGAUUGUUCAAUAUGCUAUGCUUUUAAUCUCGUUCCCGUCUAGACCGUUCCCUAGACCUUUCUUGUCUUCGGUGAGGAGACUCUGAUCGUUCGCGACGGUGUCGUUCUC